AGUAGGAUGCGAACGUCUCCCUUUUAUAACCUCAAAAAUGCGCGAGAAGUAUCACACUCUUAUGGCGAAUUAAGCUUAAUAUAUUAUUUAAUUGGUGUUUAAGUGAACUGAUUACCAUCAUGCCUUCAAAGAAAAGAAAAUACAAUGCAAGGUUUCCUGCGGGGAGAAUUAAGAAGAUUAUGCAGACAGACGAGGAAGUGGGGAAAGUGGCGCAGGCCGUACCAAUCAUAAUCUCUCGCACCUUGGAGCUGUUUGUGGAGUCACUACUCACGAAGGCAAAGCAGGUGACAAUGGCGCGGAAUGCGAAGACUCUCAGUCCGUCGCACGUCAAGCAGUGCAUAUUGGCGGAGUCUAGAUUCGAUUUCCUAAGGGAUUUGGUAAAAAAUAUUCCGGAUGUGUCGGCAGCGGAAGAGAAGGAGAUCGUUAGUGCUGAAAGUUCGCCUAACUCAUCCAGGUUUUCAGACAUGUCAGCCCCACCUCGUAGGAUAGUUAGGCAAGAUUCGAACAGCUCCAGUGGUUCAGACUUCAAAGUGCAACCGAUCCAACCUCCAAGGGAGACCCUAAGGGCUCUAUCCUCUGAGACCGAGCUGCCAAACAGAAUACCAAAGAGCGAGCCGACAUCGACCCUAGUAUCUACAGAAGCAGCUAUAGACUUAACCAAGAAGAUAGAAGAAAAACCAGUUAGAACUGCUAAUUUCUACCAAGAGACACUUUUGACUGACGAAGUCCAGCACAAAAGUGUUAUCACCGCCAACCCUAUUUACACUCCACAACCCUCAACGAGUUACAACCUAACUCCGCUACAACCAGUUCAAAAUAUAGAAGUGGCUCUGCCCAAACAACCCAUGUUUUAUAUAGAUCUACAGCAUAAUAAUAAUCACCCAGAAACGGCACCUAGAACACCAGUCACUCCAAUAUUGAAUAUAGACUUUUCUAAAAACAUAACCAGGCCAGAAAUUAAAGUUUUAGAUACAGCUGGCGCAAAUAUAGCUGUACCAAAAGAAGUUAAGAAUUCAAUGAAACCUCUAUCGAGACAGAACUCGAAGCCGAAAGAAAUAAAAAAAGUUGAAAUAAAAACUAUGGUUCAGCCUCCAAUUAAUAUUGACCAUUUAAAUUCAGGCAACUUGCAGAUUGAUGAAGAUUACGAUACCUGACUUUAUUCGUUGUUUGUUUGUUUGUUUUUGUGUUGUGUUUAGAUACUGAAUACCGUUGUUCAAGACUAUACGCGCUAUGACUGAUAUUUGUGUAGUUUAUGUGAAUUUCAGUGUUAAUUUGAUGUAUAGGUAGAUUUAAAAGAUGUUUCAAAUGGGAUUUGUUAUAAAUCUAUGAACAAAAUGUUAUGAAUGUAAAGUUAUAAUAGUGAUAGUAGAAGGACGCUAUUACACUAUCAAGAAUAUGUAAAUCCACGUUAUUUAAUAUUGAGAGUAUUUUACAUUAUGAAUACAGUUAUGACUAAACAAUAUGUGCUACAAAUACAUUAUGUCAAUUACAUUACAUGCUUUACUCAUUGUUGUUUGAUACAGGCUGAAAUUGCCGCCGAUAGCAAUAUAUAAAAUUAAGAAUAAAACUAAUAAGACGAUAUAAAAAUGAAAGAUUAUAUAUAUUUCUAUUUUAAUAGUACCUUGUUAAAAUGCAAUAACCUUCUUAUUUAUCAAAACGUCUAAUACAUUUAUUUUAACUGUUGGAUAUAUAGAAUGAGUCAAAAAAAGCAGUCUUUUUAUUUUCCCGCGCAAAACGCAAUGUGCUACAGAUACACAAAUCAACUUGAAAAGCCAUAAUCUUUCUAGAUAUUUUCUUAAUGUGAAACAAUGACAAUUUGAUGUUAAUUAAAAUGUAUUUGUAAGUAUUCGUUUUCAUGAAUAAGAAGGUAAGAUUAAAGUAUAGAAUUUUAUAUAAAUACCUUUAAUGCUUUAACUUCUGAGAACUACAAUGGCGAGAUUAAGCGGUUGCUAGAUAUCUGUCUCACUGGAAUUCGCCUGGCAUUUAAGCGUAGCGUUUUUUUUUUACUAUUUUUAUGCUUUUGGCCUCUGGGCUUUACAGCUUCACGGAAC